GUCCCCCGGGCUGUGAACCUGGGCCUGGGCCUUAAUAUCACACCUGCAGAGACUCGGACUCGAGAGGAGAGCUACUUGGCGCGCACACUUUUUGGGGAGUGCUAGUGUAUUGUCCUAUCGAGUGGUCUCUUUUCAGAGUACCUAACUCAGCAAUGGCGGACGAAGAGGACUUUUCUAGCAGCAGCGACGAGGAGGCCGAGGCUCACGCUCCGGAGGGGCAGGUCAAGAGGCCCGCUAUCUACAACACCGAUGCGCUCCACGAAGCCCUUGAGGAUUUUGGCUGGUCCGAUCAAGUUGAUUGGCUGCAAACCCUUGCGGUAACGGUCGCCCCAGCUGACGGGGAUCCUGUUGACCCUGAGAAUGAUCUGGCUAGAGAACUGGCCUUCUAUACGCAGGCUCUGGAAAGCGCCAGGGAUGCCUAUGAGAGGCUGACAGAAAGGGGCGUGCCAAUUCUGAGGCCGCCGGAUUACUAUGCGGAGAUGGUGAAGACGGAUGAGCACAUGCUUAAGGUAAAAGACAAGCUGUUGCACGAGCAAAAGGCAAUUGAGGAGGCGGAGGCGCGGCGGAAGCAGCGCGAGAACAAGAAGUACGGCAAGGAGGUGCAACAGGCCAAGCUCAAGGAGCGCGCGCAGUCCAAGAAGCGGGACAUCGAGUCGGUCAAAAAGUGGCGGAAGCAGCGUGAGAAAGACGAUUACGAAGGCGGCGACGAGUUCCAAGUUUCGUUACAAGACAAAGAUGCAGAGGCUCCGGGGCCUGCUCCGAAGCGGGAUAUGGCUUCUGCUGGUCGGGGCGGAAGGGGCGGACGGGGCGGAAGGGGCGGAACGGACGGAAAGGGGCAAUUUCACACGCCCUCGAAAAAGCGAAAAGCAAGGGACGAGAAGUUCGGAUUCGGCGGCAGUAAGAAGCUGAAGAAGCAGAACGAUGCAACGUCGUCGGGCGACAUGGAUGCGUAUCGGGGGAGCUUUAGAGAAGGUCGGGGGACGAGGGGUAAGCGGGGGGGCAGGGGAGGCAAGUCACAACGACCGGGGAAGUCAAAGCGAGCCAAGCAGAAGAGUAAUUAG